UGUUUUGCUUGACAAGCUAACCCAUUUUUUUUCAAUCAAAGCUUGCUGGUCAACACCACAUUGAAACUAAAUAUAGCUAGCUACAUGUGUUUCUGUAAUUUCAAACUAUCUAAGUAAUGUUACUGAUGUGCUAGCCAGCAAGUGUAUCGUUGGGCACAUUUGGAAUACAAUGCCAUCUUCGAUGGAAGGAUCUUCUAGAGAAGGUGAACCGUUUACUGUGAAACAUGAGCUGAAAAAUGCCAACCUGACCGGCCACGUAGAGAGGGUGGGAAUUGAGAACUUUGAGCUGCUAAAGGUGCUAGGAACUGGAGCCUAUGGCAAGGUGUUCCUGGUGCGUAAAGUGAGCGGUCAUGAUGCAGGUCAACUAUACGCCAUGAAGGUGUUGAAGAAGGCCACAAUCGUACAGAAGGCCAAGACAGCAGAACACACACGCACAGAGAGACAGGUUCUGGAGCACAUCAGACAGUCACCGUUCCUUGUCACCCUCCACUAUGCCUUCCAGACAGACACCAAGCUGCACCUCAUACUAGAUUAUGUGAACGGUGGGGAGCUCUUCACACACCUGGUACAGAGGGUUCGGUUCAAAGAGCAGGAGGUAUCUCUGUAUAGUGGAGAGAUAGUCCUGGCGCUGGAGCACCUACACACGCUGGGUAUAGUCUACAGAGACCUGAAGCUGGAGAACAUCCUCAUGGACUCCAGCGGACACAUAGUGCUCACGGACUUUGGCCUCAGCAAAGAGUUUGAUGAGUUGGAGAGGACUUACUCUGUCUGUGGCACCAUUGAGUACAUGGCCCCAGAGAUCGCAGAGGGAGGAGAGGCUGGCCAUGACAUGGCUGUAGACUGGUGGAGCCUUGGAGUAUUAAUGUAUGAACUUUUGACGGGUGGAUCACCUUUCACUGUCGAUGGAGACCAGAACUCUCAUACAGAUAUCGCCAAGAGGAUCUCGAAGAAGGACCCUCCGUUCCCCAAAGACAUGAGCCCUUUGGCCAAAGACCUCAUCCAGCGCCUCCUCAUCAAAGACCCAAAGAAGAGACUGGGCUCUGGGCCUGACGGAGCUGACAACGUUAAGAAACAUCCAUUCUACCAGAAGAUAAACUGGGAGGACCUGGCAGCUAAGCGGGUGCUCGCCCCGUUCAAGCCAGUGAUCAGGGAUGAGCUGGAUGUCAGCAACUUUGCAGAGGAGUUCACCGAAAUGGACCCCACCUACUCCCCUGCAGCGAUGCCUCAGAACUGUGACCGCGUCUUUCAGGGUUACUCGUUCAUGGCCCCCUCCAUCUUGUUCAAGAGAAAUGCUGUGAUGGAUGACACGCUGCAGCUGUGUGGAGGAUCAAGAUCACAGAGACCAGGGUCUGCUGCUGUGGCCCGCAGCGCCAUGAUUAAGGACUCUCUGUUUUAUAUGAACUAUGAGAUGGACCUGAAGGACAAUGCCCUUGGUGAAGGAAGCUUCUCUAUUUGUAGGCAGUGCACCCACAAGAAGACUGGACAGAUGUACGCUGUGAAGAUCGUCAGUAAGAGGAUGGAGGCUCAGACACAGAAAGAGAUCACAGCUCUGAAGCUCUGCGACGGCCACCCAAACAUCAUCAAGACUCAUGAGAUUUACCAUGACCAGCUGCAUACGUACCUGGUGUUGGAGCUGCUGCGUGGUGGAGAGCUGCUGGAGAGGAUCCGGAGGAAGCAGCACUUCAGUGAGACUGAGGCCAGCCGCAUCAUGAGGAGACUGGUGUCAGCCGUCAGCCACAUGCACGAUGUAGGAGUGGUACACAGAGACCUCAAACCAGAGAACCUGCUGUUCACAGAUGAGAGUGAGAACGCUGAGAUAAAGAUCAUAGACUUUGGGUUCGCCCGGCUGAAGCCUCCAGACAACCAGCUGCUGAAGACACCGUGUUUCACCCUGGCCUACGCCGCGCCGGAGAUCCUCAAAUACGACGGCUACGACGAGUCAUGUGACCUCUGGAGCCUGGGGGUCAUCCUGUACACCAUGCUGUCGGGUCAGGUGCCGUUCCAGUGUCAGGGGAAGAGUCUGGCCCGCACCAGUGCUGAAGAGAUCAUGAAGAAGAUUAAACAGGGAGACUUCUCUUUCGAGGGAGAGGCUUGGCGGAGUGUCUCACAGCAGGCCAAAGACCUCAUACAAGAGCUCCUGACUGUGGACCCUGACAAGCGGAUCAAGAUGUGUGGUCUGAGGUACAACACCUGGCUCCAAGACGACAGCCAGCUCUCCUCCAACCCUCUGAUGACACCUGACAUCCUGGGUUCUUCCACCACCGUGUCUGUACACACCUACGUCAAGGCUACCUUCAAUGCGUUCAACAAGUGUACGCGGGAGGGUUUCCGUCUGCAGACGGUGGACAAGGCCCCGCUGGCCAAGAGGAGGAAGUUGAAGAAGACCAGCACCAGCACAGAGACCAGGAGCAGCUCCGGAGAGAGCACCCGCUCCUCCUCCUCCUCCUCCCAGUCCCACCCGGACACCCGCUCCUCCUCCUCCUCCUCCCAGUCGCACCAGGACACCCGCUCAUCCUUCUCCACCUCUUCCUCCUCCUCCAGCUUGUCUCACCACAACACCCACUCCUCCUUUUCCUUCUCCCAGUCUCACCAGGACACCCUCUUCUCCUCCACCCUGUCCCACCAGGACACCCUCUUCUCCUCCACCCUGUCCCACCAGGACACCCACUCCUCCACCCUGUCUCACCAGGACACCCACUCCUCCUCCACCCUGUCUCACCAGGACACCCACUCCUCCUCCACCCUGUCCCACCAGGACACCCACUCCUCCUCCACCCUGUCCCACCAGGACACCCACUCCUCCUCCACCCUGUCCCACCAGGACACCCACUCCUCCUCCACCCUGUCCCACCAGGAGAAGACUGGGGGAGACGGUAUUGCCGACCCUCCACCCCAACCUUCCAUCAGCUCCACCACCACCCCUGUCACCACACCCCUCUCCAUGGGCUCAGACAACGACCCCGCCCCGGAACGCUCGCCGCCUCCAGCCUUCUACUUCUCAGACUGAGAGAGCGACUGAGAGAGCGACUGAGAGAGAGACUGAGAGAGAGAGACUGAGAGAGAGAGACUGAGAGAGAGAGACUGAGAGAGAGAGACUGAGAGAGAGAGACUGAGAGAGAGAGACUGAGAGAGAGAGACUGAGAGAGAGAGACUGAGAGACUGAGACUGAUAGAUAGAGAGAGAGAGGGAGACUGAGCGAGAGGGAGACUGAGCGAGAGGGAGACUGAGCGAGAGGGAGACUGAGCGAGAGGGAGACUGAGCGAGAGGGAGACUGAGCGAGAGGGAGACUGAGCGAGAGGGAGACUGAGCGAGAGGGAGACUGAGCGAGAGAGAAAGAGAGAGCGAGAGACUCAGAUGGACAGCAUGUAGAUCUCUCCCUCCAUGGCAGCUCCCAGUCAAUCGUUCACAAUCAGCCACAUGCAUGGACCACAAGUACCUACACGCCUCCAGGCUGAGCAUGCAGCAGGAACAGGACCCACCUCUCAAUCAUCACUAGCAAUAGACACACAGUAAAUGAAUGACUGCCCUACAUAUCCAGAGCCAGACAGCGGAGAGACCCCUCUACAACCACACCUCUGUUUCAGUCAUGUCUUCCUGUUUGUCUGGAAGGUAGGUCAUAGUCCUGGUUGUUUGCUUUUGUUUACACUGUGGUGUAUUGCAUUAGUAAAGACAUUUUACUUUCAGCCACAAAUCCUGCAGCUAAUCACAUUGGGAGGAACCUGUUGUUGGAACAUACUUCUAGUGGAGCAUAUAUUUUGCGGUAUUUAUACAUGACAAUAAUGCAGACUGAAAUUAUUUAUGAUUUGUUUUUAUGUUAACUUAUUAAUGGUUCACAACUGUUUAUGAUAGAUACAGUUGAAGUCAGAAGUUUACGUACACUUAGGUUGGAGUCAUUAAAACUAGUUUUUCAACCACUCCACAAAUUUUUUGUUAACAAACUAUAGUUUUGGCAAGUUGGUUAGAACAUCUACUUUGUGCAUGACACAAGUAAUCUUUCCAACAAUUGUUUACAGACAGAUUAUUUCACUGUAUCACAAUUCCAGUGGGUCAGAAGUUUACAUACACUAAGUUGACUGUGCCUUUAAACAGCUUGGAAAUUUCCAGAAAAUGAUGUCAUGGCUUUAGAAGCUUCUGAUAGGCUAAUUGACAUCAUUUGAGUCGAUUGGAGUUGUACCUGUGGAUGUAUUUCAAGGCCUACCUUCAAACUCAGUGCCUCUUUGCUUGACAUCAUGGGAAAAUCAAAAGAAAUCAGCCAGGACUUCAGAAUUUUUUGGGGUAAUUUCCAAACGCCUGAAGGUACCACGUUCAUCUGUACAAACAAUAGUACGCAAGUAUAAACACCAUGGGACCACGCAGCCAUCAUACCGCUCAGGAAGGAGACACGUUCUGUCUCCUAGAGAUGGAUGUACUUUGGUGCGAAAAGUGCAAAUCAAUCCCAUCACAACAGCAAAGGACCUUGUGAAGAUACUGGAGGAAACAGGUAAAAAAGUAUCUAUAUCCACAGUAAAACGAGUCCUAUAUCGACAUAACCUGAAAGACCGCUCAGCAAGGAAGAAGCCACUGCUCCAAAACCGCUUUUAAAAAAAAGCCAGACUACUGUUUGCAACUGCACAUGGGGACAAAGAUCGUAGUUUUUGGAGAAAUGUCCUCUGGUCUGGUGAAACAAAAAUAGAACUGUUUGGCCAUAAUGACCAUCAUUAUGUUUGGAGGAAAAAGAAUAGAUGCCAUCAUGAGGUAGGAAAAUUAUGUGAAUAUAUUGAAGCAACAUCUCAAGACAUCAGUCAGGAAGUUAAAGCUUGGUCGCAAAUGGAUCUUCCAAAUGGACAAUGACCCCAAGCAUACUUCCAAAGUUGUGGCAAAAUGGCUUAAGGACAACAAAGUCAAGGUAUUGGAGUGGCCAUCACAAAGCCGUGACCUCAAUCCUAUAGAAAAUUUGUGGGCACAACUGAAAAAGCGUGUGCGAGCAAGGAGGCCUACAAACCUGACUCAGUUACACCAGCUCUGUCAGGAGGAAUGGGCCAGAAUUCACACGACUUAUUGUGGGAAGCUUGUGGAAGGCUACCCGAAAUGUUUGACCCAAGUUAAACAAUUUAAAGGCAAUGCUACGAAAUACUAAUUGAGUGUAUGAAAACUUCUGACCCAAUGGGAAUGUGAUGAAAGAAAUAAAAGCUGAAAUAAAUCAUUCUCUCUACUAUUAUUCUGACAUUUCACAUUCUUAAAAUAAAGUCGUGAUCCUAACUGACCUAAGACAGGGAAUGUCUACUAGGAUUAAAUGUCAGGAAUUGUGAAAAACUGAGUUUAAAUGUAUUUGGCUUAGGUGUAUGUAAACUUCCGACUUCAACUGUAUAUAUGCUCGGACCUAGAACUUUAGAACCCUUGAGCUCUAGAACCCUUGAGCUAAAGAGGCAGUUUCAAGUCAUCGCAGAAGGUUUGCAAUGGCAGGUUGAUGUUGUUUCAGGAUGAUUCCUACAAUAGAUAUUUCAAACAGCCACUUCAGUGCUUCAACCUCUCAUAAUGAGAUCAUGAUGCAAUUGUUUGUUGAUCAGAUCAUGUAAGCAUGUAUUUAUGGGGGUUUUAUCCAACGAGAAAACAGGGUCUCAUGCUGAUCUGAACGCAUGUGACCAAUCAAAUGAUGUGUCAUUGUUGUCACAAUGUAAGACAUCAGUAUGUAAAGUAUAUUUCUUUGACAAUGGCUCUUUUGGAUGGCCUUUAUGAGAAGUCAGUUUGGAGAAAGAUCACUUGUUCAUUUCCCUGCUGUAAAACAAUAUAUAGGCGGAUAUAUCGGUAGGUUUUCUCCCCCAAAAAAACCUAUCGCUCCGUCUCUAGUGAUGUUACUGUUUUUAUGGGUGUAUUGUAGCUUGUUCUGUCUCAGCUCCUGGAGGAAUAGUUUUUGUUUGUCUUGGAAAGAGGCAAAGGAGUACUAUACCAAAAAUCUCUGCCUUUUCUCUAUUAGAUGGCUUGCCCUUGUGUAUGCUUCAGACUAGAGACAUAUAUACAGGUAACUGCCAAAGUAAAGGAAACGCCCAACAUAAAGCAUCUUAAUAGGGUGUUUGAGCCAGAACAGCUUCAAUGCACCUGGCAUAGAUUCUACAAGUGUCUGGAACUGUUGGAUGUGAAGACAUUCUUCCACCUAGAAAUUCAAUCAUUUUGUGUUUUGUUGAUGGUGGUGGAAAACUCUGUCUCAGGCUCCGCUCCACAUUCUCCCGUAAGUGCUCAAUUGAGUUAAGAUCUGGUGACACACUUUAAACCUCCGAUGCUCCUUUUUAGACCACUGUUUCAAAGUCACUGAGAUCUCUUCUUCUAGCCAUGGUAGCCAAAAUAAUGGUCAACUGGGCAUGUUUAUACAUGACCCCUAAGCAUCAUGGGAUGUUAAUUGUGUAAUUAACUCAGGAACCACACCUGUAUGGAAGCACCUGCUUUCAAUAUACUUUGUAUCCCUCGUUUAUUCAAGUGUUUCCUUUAUUUUGACAGUUGCAUGUAUAUACAGUCUGUAUGACUGUGCUUUAGACUAUAGUAAACAGUUGACUGGUUA